AUGUUUCGUCAAAUACUCUGUCUGAUGCUGGCAUAUGGCACUUUUGGGCAAGGUAGCCAGUUUAUCAACCUCCCAUUUUUUCAACCCGACUUGUGUAUCCGAUUCUGCGAUUUACUGGGGAAAACUGUUACGUAUUGUGCAUUUCAUUACAGGUGCUGGGUCCGAAUUUGAGGUUAAGGAGAACAGUGAUUAUGUGUUCGCUGCAUUGGUGGAUUGCGACUACAAGGUACGCAUUUGAGAGAGAGAGAGGAGUGCUUUAUUUUGAAAAUAACCUUCAAAACUUUUAAAUUUUAACUGAACUAACGCAGAUGUUGGCUUUUCAGUACGCGACCGUGGACGGCGUUAACAUUUCGGGUCCGGCAGACGGUUCACACUGCGUCCCGCCAAAUGACUGUUGGGAAAUUGUUGAAUGUAAGUUGCAACCGUUUGUGAUUUGUGUCGCCUAACCUAAACUUGCAUGAUCAAGGUAGCAUGAUAAGUAAGUAACCAGAGUAGUUGGCAUACCGAAAGGGCUAAUGAAUCUAUGCAUCAGCUCAUUCCCCGUCUUCUAGUUCUUCUCACCGUUUUUUAUAGCUUCUUAUGUUAUCUUCUGAAAUGCAUGCAUAUUCAUUAUACAUUUUAAGGCUCUUCAAAUCAAUUGAUAUGACAAUUUUUCAUCUAUCUAAUUUUCUACAUCUUUGCAUUUGAUAUCAAUUUUUUCUCCGUAAGCCAAACGAGUGGUAGUCGCCGAAGCUCGCACGAGAGGAGAGCAUAUAGCAUUUGUAGUGCAACCCAUGGAUUCAAACACCAGAAGUCCAAUAACAUUUCAGUACAGAACCUAUGGAGCGCCUGACGGUAAGUUUUGGAUAUAUUUUCUCUUUAAAUAUACAUUUACAAAUUUACAGUUUGGAAAUUUCAUUUUUGGCGUCAAAUAGCACAUAUUGGGCAAAUUCGUCGAUUGUUAUAGGAGGUUUCUUAAUUCGUCCAGCGGCCAGACAGCAUUUGGCAGGCCAUUUGUGUUCCUUAGUGAUCAAUAAUAGACAAGGUUUUUAAAAGAAGUAUAAACAAAUUUAUCUUUUUGUGACAUUGAUAGGAUUGCGACCUUCUUGACUAAUCUUCGGCACUUUAUUCUAUUUUCUAUAGCUCCAGUGCUGAACGUCGAAACAGGAUCUGUCAUUGUAAAGGAAAUCCAAAAGAAUGAACACUUCUUUCAUGCCAUACUAUUUAAUGCGGAUAUCGGGGUAAAUGACAAAAAUUGCCUAAAUUUUCACCAAAAGCGCAAAAUCAAAGGGUCUUUUUAAGAAUGCUUAUUAAUUAGAGCAUAUUGCGUACAGUUUUCGUUGUAAAUGUUUGAUGAUGCAUUGUUAGCCUUCAUAGCGUGAUUAGGAAACGCCAGGAUCUGGGCAUUAAGUAGGAGAGAUAUCAAAUAAAUCUAUAUAAUCCAAAAUGGCUUGAUAUUUAGAUAGACAGUAUUCAGUUCAGGACCUGUUUAUGGACGCACAAACAGUAGUCGGCUACUAUUACUAUUUUUAUAUUCAAUAUUUUCAUUUUAAAUCGAUAGACUAAAUCCGUGUAUUUUGUUUAUAGACAUGACUGUCGAACUGUACAUUGUUAUUCGCAAUAUUUUGUUAAAAUGAAUAACGUUUUCAGCAGUGUGGCCAAAAUUAUUCGUUUUCAACAUUUUAGAACAUAACUGCCGUCGGGGACUUAGCCGGUAGCGGUAUGGUUCUACAUCAACUAUCUACCGUACUGAGGCGUGGUACGAAAAAGUGGUUCUGCACUUACGAAUAUUAA